CUAUGAUUCGCUUCCGCCGGGUCGCUGUGACUACUCAAUUUGAAAUUGAUACUGGAUGAGGUAGUGCAACAGCUUACUCUUUCAACUCUUUUACAAAAUGUCGUACCUAGGCGCUAAGUCAGACAAGUAUGUGCGAGGCGUCAGCUUUGACAAUAUGACAGACAAGGAUUUGCCCGAUUACUCUUUCACUCUGCGUGGAAAGAGCAAAGGAUUUCAAAGAACGCGGCGAUCGAGAACUUUCAUGGUCGCCACCGACCUCGCCAAUUACAGUGAAUAUGCCUUGACAUGGGCCAAUGAGGAAAUAAUGGACAGUGGAGACGAGCUGAUAAUAUUGCGAGUCGUUACAGUAGAUAUGACCGACAAAAGAGCAAAUGUACAAGCUCUGCUGCACCACGAAGAAGUCAAGGCUAGAGAAAAUGCUAAUGCCGUCUUGAACAAGGUUCUUGACAAGGAGACAGAUAUUGAGAUCAGUGUUGUUAUUGAGUUCGUCAUUGGAAAGGUUCAAGAGACCAUUCAGCAUAUGAUUGCUAUGUACCAGCCUUCUAUGCUGAUCGUUGGAACCAGAGGUUUAUCUGAUUUUAAGACCAUGUUGCUAGGAAGUAUAUCAAAGUACUGCUUGCAACACUCUCCAGUUCCUGUCGUUGUCGUCCGACCUGAUGAUAAAUUGAAGAAGAUGAAAAAGAACAAGAACAGGUUGAGCAAUCUUAUGCGAAUUGGCGGUAAAAGCGGCACUACAUCAGAAGAAGACUUGUCAGCAUCCAGUAGUGUUAGCCCCGGGUUGGAAAAAGGAAUGAACAAGCUUUCUGUAGACGGCUACUUCAGUCGCUCGCGAACACCAUCUCCUGCCACUUCGCCCCAGCCUUCACCAACCACUUCCACCAUCCCAUCAUCGAAAUAAAUGCUUCAUCUCUGUAUUAUUGAUAUCCACUCUGAAAAUGUAUUUAUUCCGCGGGAAACCCAUAUUCAACUUGUAACUUCCCAGGAAACCAUCGAACUGGAUAUGUAACCAAGGGAGGCAAACAGAGCAAUCCAUUUUAUUCAGUCACAUCGGAAGAAGUCCUUUCAUUUAUUUUAGUUUACACUGUUUCUAUUCCUUAUAGUAGUGUACGAUAUUGUUGAAUGGCUCGAUAUAUACUUAUUCAAUAAAAAGUAAUGGCCUUAAACGUCCAUAUCGUUCAUGA